UUCUGUGGCUAUAUCAGCUGUUCGCUGCUAGUUCGCCAGCUGUAGCAGGGAGUUGAAGUUUAUUGUUUGGGAAGCAAUAUGGCUAUCUGGUGAUUAGUAAUUGUGCGAUACGCUAGACAAAGAAACAACGCAGUUCUCAUGGUAUUUAGAGCCGCGUUGUACGUUAAAUUGUAGUUGACUUAAGUAAGAAGUAAAUAUAAUAAUUAGGAAUGUUGGAACUCGAGGUAGUGCCCGAAAGAUCCCUUGGUUGUGAGCUGUGGGAAUUUAUUUUAGGUAUGCAUUUUUCCCAGUCUGUAUCAAUAAUACAAUCUCAAGUGGGCAUUAUAAGAGGAGUACAAGUACUUUAUAGCGAUAGUAAUCCAUUAGAAGUAGAUUUAGUAAUAAACUUACCUCAUGAUGGUGUUAGACUCAUAUUUGAUCCGGUGGUGCAGAGGCUUAAAAUAAUUGAAAUUUAUAAUAUGAGAUUAGUUAAAUUGAAAUAUUGUGGUUUGCCAUUCAAUUCACCAGAGGUGUUACCUUCGAUCGAACAGAUCGAACAUUCAUUUGGAGCUACUCAUCCUGGAGUAUACGAUAGCGAAAAACAGGUUUUCGUGUUAAACUUCAGAGGAUUAUCAUUUUAUUUUCCAAUUGAUUCCAAAUUCCAGCCAGGAUAUGCACAUGGCUUAGGUUCAUUACAAUUUCCAAAUGGAACUUCACCUCUUGUUGCAAAGACAGCUAUUUAUGUUGGUAAUAUGGCUACUGGUUCCAAUAGCGAAGAACAUAAUAUGAAAGCCCCACCACCGCCAUUACCACUUGUGUGUUAUCAUAAUAAUUUAUAUUUGGAAAAGGCUGAAGUUAUACGCGAUAAAACGCAUACACGAGGACUCAGACUACACCUUUUCACUGAAGGAAGUUCUGUUACAAGGGUGCUAUUAGAACCGAAAAAGAGUGGUCUCACCAAAGAAAUUUUAUUUGGUGAUACUUGCGAAGAUGUAUUAAGUGCUCUUGGUGCACCAUCAAGAGUAUUUUAUAAAGCAGAGGAUAAAAUGCGAAUUCACAGUCCUCAUGCACAUAAACGUGAUAAGAUUAGAAGGUCUGAUUAUUUUUAUAAUUAUUUUACGUUAGGAUUGGAUGUUCUAUUUGAUGCCAAAACUCAGUGUGUAAAGAAGUUCGUUUUACAUACCAAUUAUCCAGGACAUUAUAAUUUUAAUAUGUACCAUCGUUGUGAAUUUACUUUAAUUUUACCUCCAGAAAAUAAAUCCACAGAAUCGGGAAAACUCAUUGAUGUUUCUCCUUCUCCAGUUACGAUCACUGCCUAUACAAAAUGGGAUGGUAUAAGUGAACAGUUAAAGGCAAGUGCACGUCCUGUAGUGUUAAAUCGUGCAUCCUCAACAAAUACUACGAAUCCAUUUGGAUGCACCUUUUGUUAUGGAAUACGUGAUGCAAUUGUUGAAGUUAUGGCUAAUCAGCACAUUGCCAGCGUGACUCUCUAUAAAGCAGCGUGACCAUAAUUAUAUUUCAAUUAUGGUGAAUAUUAGAAAAAGACCUUUAAAAAAAAGAAAAAAUGAAAAAAAAGUAAGCAGGCAAAAAAGAAAGAAAGAAGGAAAGAUAGAAAGAAAGAUAGAAAAAGUAAAGCAAGAAUCACAUCUUUGAAAGGAUAAAAAACAGACAAAUUCAUAGUUGAUUUUUUGGAUAAUAUCUCUCAUAGAAGAAAGACUGUAUGAUAUAAAGGCGUGUGUGGGAUGGAUAUGAUUCGUUACACCACUGAUAAGAUUUUUAAUAAUAAUAUGAUUUUAGGAUGUAAACGCAUUGUGAUUGAGGUAAUGUUUGAGUACUCAUUUGUGUGCAUCGAUAUUGCAACGUGAAGAUAAGGUUUGGGGCGUAGGGCGGAGGGGAAAAAAAAAUAACAAAAAAGAAAAAGAAAAAUAUAAUAAUAUCAUUUUUCACAAUAUUUAUGUAUGUAUCUUUAAAAUUUAUACUUAUUUUCUUCGGGAUAUUUAAUAUUACAAGCAAAAUUUCCAACACCGAUAAAUAUCACAUUUAAUACAUAUUUUACUUUACAAUCAUAUUGUUUAUUAUAUAGCAAAAAGAAAAAAAACUAUAAAAUAAAAUAAAACGUAACAAG